UUUUUUUUGUGUUUUUGAGUGCUCUUUUCUGGGACGAAUAGACUUUUUUGUGUGGCGAUACAACUCAAUCAACCGUUUGCUGACGUGUCAACCUUUUGAUCCUCCACAUUCGAUCCUUUUUCACGUCAUCGAUAUUCUCCUUGUAACGACAAUCCUGCUUCUUACCCACUACAAACACAAACCCUAUAUUAAGUAACUGUACGGCAUGGACCAGAUUGAGCAAGCCGUAAUCUGUGCUCUGCGCCCCAAUGUCGAUCCCGCUCUCAAAUCACAGGCGAACAUUUAUUGUGAGCAAGUGAAGAAUGCUCCUGAUGGUUGGCAAAUCUGUCUUCAACUCUUUAUGAAGGAACCGAAAGCUGCCGCUGAAGCUCGGUUCUUUGCUUUGCAGGUGCUCGAAAAUACCUUGCAGAAUAGAUACGACACCUUGGAGGCCAGUGCAGUAGAGUAUAUCCGACAGACAAUGAUGGAAUAUCUGCGUAGAGAAUUUGUCGACAAUACAUCCACAGCAUCUGAAGAAACAUUCAUUCGAAACAAAGCAGCUCAAUCUUUGACUUUACUUUUCGCGCACGUAUACCCGAGCACAUGGCCCAACUUCUUCAAGGAUAUGAUCGCAUUGGCUCAAACCCCGGCCGGCACCCCGAGCUACGAAAAGGCGGCCGAUUUCUUUUUACGUCUAUGUAUCAGUAUCGAUGAAGAAAUUGCACGUCUCGAUAUUCCUCGCGACCGAGAAGAAGUCGUUCGAAACACCAAUAUUAAAGACACCAUGCGUAUGGGUGAUAUUCAGUUAUUGGCGGCAUUUUGGUUCGAGUUGUUGCAGGAAUACAGAUCCGUUAAUCCCAGUAUUGCUCAACUUGCUUUGAAGAAUAUUGGUGCUUACAUUGCCUGGAUGGAUAUCUCGCUUGUCGUCAAUGAUCAAGUCAUGAGCGCUUUAUAUGAAUUGUUGGGUAAUCCCAGCUUACGUAUCUCGGCCUGUGAAUGUCUCGCAGAGGUGAUUAGUAAAGGCAUGCAGCCAUUGGAUAAACUCAGCAUGAUUCAGAUGUUGAAUUUGACGGACACGCUUGGAAGACUGGAUUUGUCGGAUCCAGAAUUUGUGGAAUACGUGGCUCGUUUGACCAAUACCUUGGGUAUCGAACUCUGUAAAAUCUAUACCGAUAAUGCGGUGCAGAGUGAAGCUAAAGCUGCUACAUGGUCCUUGAUUGAGCAACUGUCACCCUAUCUCUUGAAAUUCCUGGCGGACGAGUACGAUGACACCACCACGGCCGUAUUCGCAUUCGUUAAUGAUAUUCUCAGCAUUUUCAAGAAACAAAAGAGAGCAAUGCAGCCGUUUACACAGACGCAGCAUGAACUCCUUGGUUCGUUGUUGAAUGUAGUGAUCAUGAAAAUGAAAUACGACGAGGAAACAGAAUGGGGUGCCGAAGAAGAGGAGCCUGAAGAAGAGGCUCUGUUUAUAGAAUUGCGCAAGAAUUUGAGAAUCUUUGCAGAACAUAUUGCAACCAUCAACAGCGAGUUAUAUAUUGGCUAUGUCCGCUCUGUGAUCAUGGACACAUUUGCAAAAUAUAAGAACGGCAGCAGUGAUCUCAAUUGGCGCGACGUGGAAUUAAGUCUCUAUAUCCUAUUCACAUAUGCAGAAGCUCUUCCAAAAAUUGCCACACAGUUCGUCGUUUCAAAUGAUCCCAGUACUUUGACACCCUUAGGUGAAUUGGUGUCUGAUAUGGUUGCCUCUAACAUUUCUGCUUACCCUCAUCCAUCGGCUCCUUUGCAAUUUUUUGAAAAUGUGGCACGUUAUUAUCAGUUCUUCGAACACCGUCCGGAACAACUUCCAUCAGUCUUGGCCGCUUUUGUUGACAGCCGUGGCUUGCAUCAUCCUCUCAAACAAAUCCGAUCUCGAUGCUGGUAUUUGUUCCAUCGAUUUGUCAAGAAUUUGAAACCCAAGAUGGCUCCUUAUGUGGAAUCCGUAUUGUCCUCCAUGGGUGAUUUAUUGACAAUCGAAGCCGAGGCCCCUGUAGAGCAAAGUACGAUGGAUGGCACGCCGAUCCCUGCCGCUUCGACCUUUGAUAGUCAACUUUACUUGUUUGAAACCGUUGGCAUGUUGAUUUCAUUGGACUCGGUAGACGUCAUGAAACAAAUGGAAUACCUCAAGAUUGUCUUGGAACCUUUGGUGGAAGGCAUUCAGAAUUCAUUGAGCCAGAGUUAUAACCCUGAAGACGAGUUAUUCCUCCUGCAGUUGCAUCAUUAUAUUACAGCCAUUGGCAGUGUAGCCAAAGGUUUUCCUGCGAUUCCCAAAGGUCAAUCGUGCACACAACCAUGGGCGGUGGUAUUCAAGCAAGCUACAGAAAUUAUCCUCAACGUACUUCAGACAUUCAACAAGUUCAUGGUGAUACGCGAUGCAGCUCGUUUUUCCUUCUCUCGCCUGAUCACCUGUCUCGGUGCCGAAGUGCUUCCCUACCUGCCUACCCUCAUUACCGGUUUACUGACAGAAUGUGAAGUCACCGAACUCGUGGAUUUCUUACCUUUCAUUGGAUUGAGCGCUCACAAGUUCAAGCCAAUGAUUCAUAAUAUCAUGGAUGAAUUGUUAUUGCCGCUUGUUAAGCGCGUCUUUGAUUUCCUCAAUACGUCGCCCUCCGGCACCGACGAGGCGUUCUUAUUGCUUGAACUUCGCAAGUCGUAUCUUAAUUUCAUUAUCAGCUUGUUCAACGCGGAAUUGGAGAGUAUUCUUGUCAGCGAGCGAAAUAUUGGGCAUCUGAGUACAAUUUUGCAAACAAUUUUGCAUUUCGCAAAAGACAACAAUGAUCCUAUCACACAGAAAAUGGCGUUUGGUGUAUUCAUGCGUAUGGUGAAUUCCUGGGCAAGUUCCACUCAACAGCCAAGUCCUGCUGCUGGUUUCGAUCAGUUUGUUUACAACGAGCUGAUUCCCGCUACAUUUGCUGUACCCAUGCAUGCCGCUUUCAACGUUGCGGACGGCCAAUCGCUGCUGGUUUUCGGUGAGAUUACAAGUAUCCAAAAAGCGUUAUACACUAAGCAAGGGGGCGAGUAUCUGGAAUAUAUGAACAAUGUAUUCCUUCCUUCCAUUCAAUGUCCCCGAGAAACCGCCGAAAGAUACUGUCAAGCCGUUCAGCAGUAUGACGGCAAAGAAUUCAAAAAGUAUUUCCAGUCAUUCAUUUCCGAAGCCAAGAGCUAAAAAGAACAAGACAACAUAUUUUCACAUGCGAUAAAAAAGACCAUUUAAAGGGAGCACAUCGCCGAUUCUUCUCACUUACACCAAUCAUUUACCAUAUAAUUAAAAAAAAGAGAGGAACCGAUGUUGUAAGUAAA